AUGCUCCCUGAUUUUCUGCUUGGCCAGCCUGCCGGUUGCGUCUGCGUCCCGGAGGAAUUGCUCGCAGGCCUCUAUGGGCCCGCUCAGAAGAUAGGCGCGCAGCCUCUUGAGCUCAUUCUUAAUUUCGUUCAGGCCGUGCUGCUCACCGCCGUUGAUGACCACGUAGUCAUGAUCGAUCAGAGCCUUCAGCCUCCCCAAUGCUUCCUUGAUGCUGAUGCCCGGCAUCUUAAUCGCCUCGCACAGCUCGGUGAGUUUUGCGUUGACGACCGGCACCAAGGUGUGGACGCCGUCGAUGGCUUUAUAGAUCGCUUGGAGGCCUUGGCUGUUAUUAUGUUUGGAAAUUAA